AUGUUCAGAGUAAUCAAAAGAGCAUUUUUUAAAUUUGCACAACAAGAUAUUACUAGCCAAGAGCGAAAACUCAGCAACAUUACUAUUUUUGGGAUUUUUAGUGCAGCUGUGCUAUCAUAUCCUAUUUAUACUUAUUUAAAAGACUCUCCAGCAGUAAAAAUCGAAAGAAAUAAAGUACUUCAAGAAAUUUUAACACAGCGUAAACAAUUUUCUGGGGUAAAACGUACCAGAGAUGUGGAAGAAAUUUUUAUUAAACUUAAAGAAAAUAUUGUUGUGAUCUGUGGACCUCCCUUAAGUGGAAAAACUUCAAUUAUAAGCGAUAUCCAAAGCCGUGAUUUCUGAAAAAAUACCUUAAGGAUAGAUGUCAAGGAUAACCUGGAAGAAACAUUAAACCAAUACCCAUGAAACCAAAAACUCAGUAAAUUUUAUAUAGGUGAAAACAAUUAUAAAUUCUUUUUUGACAGCAUUUAUGCCACAUUAUAUUCAGUUGACCCAGAAAAAACUCUUUUAAUAAUAGACGGGUUUGACAAAUUCCAGCCUGUAAUGAGAAUAGCGGUCUUAAAAUUUUUACAAAGAAUACUAAAUAAAGCACACAUAUUAAUUUCGAUCGAAAACAUUGACACUUCUAACAUACUAAAACAACGUAAUUUCAAUUUAGUGAAAAAUAUCGAAUUUCAUGAGCUUUCGCCUAUGGACAAAGAAGAUUUUUUAGCAAGCCUAGCAAGUCAUCCGAAUUUUGAUAGAAAUCAAUUAAGCAGACUAUAUGAAGAAAUAGGCUCAAGCUUUGACUUUGCAUAUGAUAUGAUGAAUAAAAAUGAAAAAGCUGAGGAUUACCUUAAAAACGCAAAAAAAAUCAUUGAAGAUAAUAUAAAUCAUAUUUUAGCAAAAAAGGCAGAGCUCGCUACAGGAAUUUUUGCAGCUUUAAUGACUGUUAAACCUGCAAACCCUUUAGGCGAUAUUUAUUCUAAUACAGAAAUCGCUAAGGAGCUUAUCAGCUGUGGCAUAAUGCAGCCUCAUUUUCAUGGCUGUGCAAGAUUCAGAAACAAAUUUGUGAUUAAAACAAUAGAAGAGUUACUUACUAAAUAA